GAGGCUGAGUAGCAACAUGUCUGCGUGCGCCGAAGAGCCAGUGCUUCCCGGCCAUCACCUUCAUCCCAAACUCCGCACGAGACGCUCCGCUACCCCUCUGCUCACCACCUCCUAUCGUGACGACUCCAAAUGCCCCGGCCACCCCGCGAGGAAUACACGGUAGGAUGGGUGUGCGCGCUCUCAGCCGAGCUGGCGGCGGCGCAGGAGAUGCUGGACGAAGAGCAUGAAGAUCUUGAGCGCGACGUCGACGGCAACGACGAGAAUCUAUACUCUCUGGGAUCGAUUGCGGGGCACAAUAUCGCCAUCGUAUGUCUACCGGCGGGACGCAUUGGCAACAACCCUGCGGCGGUCGUGGCGACGCAGAUGAAGACGACGUUCAAGGGAAUCCGGUUUGGGCUAAUGGUCGGCAUCGGCGGAGGAGUGCCUAGCGUAGCGGUGGACAUUCGACUCGGGGACGUGGUGGUCAGCCAGCCAGACAAGACCUUCGGCGGGGUGGUCCAGUACGACUCUGGCAAGGCGACGCCAAGCGGGUUCAAGAGGACAGGAUCGCUUAACGCCCCUCCGCAGAUACUGCUCAGCGCGGUUGCAAAGGUGCAAGCGAGCAAACUCCGAAACAGAAGCAAGGUAUCUGAAUACCUGCAAACAUUCAGCCACAUGCCCGACUUUCAGCACGAGGCGGCUGGGCCUGAUAUCCUGUUUAAGGCAGGCUACAACCAUAAGGGGGGGCAAACCUGCGAUGAGUGCAGUAUAGACGGGCAAGAAGGCCGGCAGCCUUACAGGGUCAGCGCGGAGUUCGGCGGCGUGCUCUGCUUCGAGAUGGAGGCGGCAGGUCUGAUGAACAAUUUCCCGUGCCUGGUCAUCCGCGGCAUCUGCGACUAUGCAGACUCGCACAAGAAUAAGAGGUGGCAACCGUACGCGGCGGGGAUCGCGGCGGCGUAUGCGAAGGAGGUGCUGUUGGUGAUCCCGCCAGCCGAUGUAGCAAAGACUCGCACGGCCGAGGAGGCCACUUAGAGCGCAAGUAGUUAGUGUAACUGCUCUCUUCUAUAUAUUGCAGCGUGGCUAAUAGUGCAAUAGAAAGGGCAAUCCACUCUAUUCCAUUCC